AUGUCCGCGCAGCGGGUAACGAUAACCUAUUCAGGACCAAUCGUCUUCCUCUCCACGGACCAUUGGAAACAGAUCCAGAACUCCCUAGUCUCGCAGCUUCCCCUCCGAAACUUACACUGGAAGUCCACAUCAAGAAAUGCGUUACGGUCCAUCCAGGAGUUGGACGUGAAGCUCGUCCCGUUUGAGAUGCUCAGGGAGGACCAGGCUGCUUCGCAAAUACCUCAGUCAGUGUUAGAGAAACCGUUGCUUCACCUGUAUAUCUUUACUUGCGAGGACAGUGAAGUCUACCGUACCACUGUCCGCAAGCAGCUCAAAGAAUGGCACGCGUCUGUGAGCACGCGCAAAAACCAAGAAUGGCUCAUCAUCCAUGUUGUACGGCCGGAUCAGAGCGUCGCGCAAGGCAGGCUGUUCCAGAUGAAGACGUCCGUGCUUGACAAAGUGAAAGCGGAUUUCAAUCUGGACAAGAAAGAUAGGUGUGUCCAGCUCGUCUGGUCGGCGGAGAAGGACAAUCCCGCUGUAUGGGCAGAUACCAUCUCCAAGAUCAAGGAGGGCGUCCUAUCUUCAUUCGAUGCAGCUCUAGCGCAGCGGGAAGAGGAAGUGAAACGAUCAGAGGGUCAAAGGCAAAUGCCAGGAUGGAACUUCUGUACGUUCUUCAUCCUGAAGGAAAGCGUCGCAAGCUCCCUUGAGGGAAUGAACCUACACGAAGAUGCACUGCAGCAAUAUUACGAGCUCGAGUCUAUCUUCUUCCAAGUUCUCCGGGAGAAGAACCUGUCAUGGUUUGGCGCGCUCAUCACUCCCAUGCCCACAGACGAUUCGUCCCCCCUUCUGUCGGUCACGAAGAAGCCAUAUCGUGACCUCAUCCUUGCGAACACCAUAUCCGUCUUCGACUUCCGAGUAUACCUCCUGGCAAGGCAAUGUAUUCUUCUGAGCAAAAUCGGGGAUAUGGAAGAGCUCUGUCGGAAAGCGGCCUCGUUCCUCAGUACUUUCUCCAGAACGUUACGAGAUGUAGAGAACACGUUACCUCCGUUUUUCAUCGAGUCUUGGAUAUACUCCUCUGCCUUGAGCGUCGUAGACCAAAGUGAUGAAUGGGCGAAGAGGCUGACAUUGGAUAAGGCUGCGCUAUCCGCGUUCAACGCCGCCAAGGGUGAACUGCUUGAGCUAGCACGGCAACAGUUGGACGUCCUCGGCAUUGCUACAGGGUUCCUCCCCAACAAGCCUCCCUUUUCCCUCGCACUCCCGUCAACAUUCGAUCCUGCGGACAAGGACCCCAAGACGAAGCGUGGCUCCAUGACGAUCACCAAGACGGAGCUCCUUUCCUCCAUGGAGGAUCAGGACACGCUCUACGAACUCUACGUGAACGUCACCAAUCGCGCCAUCGAGCUGUACGCAAGCGCGGGCCGCCGAAAGUUCGCGCUCAAGCUGCACGGCUCGCUCGCUGCGCUCGACAUGUGCACGUAUACGUCGCUGCCUGCGCACUACUCCCCGCACGGCUGGACGUCAAUGGAAGCAUACAUGCUGAACCGCGCGCUCAGCAUCCACGAGGCCGCCGAGAAGCCGAAGGACAGGGAGUGGAUACACGUCCUGUUGCACUUCCUCAGAGCGUACGUGGACGACGGCGGAAAGGACCUGCUCCUGAGCGAGGAGGACUGCAAAGCGUACGUCGAGAAGCUUGUCGCGGCUCUGAAGGAGGCGGCCCAGACCCUCGACAACGACACGCCGUUCCCCGAUCAUCCGGCGCUGUCCGUGUCGCUCGUGGAGCCCCACGCGAAGUUGGCCGAGAGCCGUGAUGGAGCCCUGCUACAGGUUGUCGUCAAUAAUAGGCUGCCAUGCGACGUGCCUGCGGAAGAAGUGCGCCUGCAACUCACCGGGCGGGAGAACAGUCAGAUCACGUUCACCGCGAAAGUGUCCAGCAUCGCUCCCGGACGCACCGAGCUCACGCUCUUCUGCCCAUCAUCUGCAAUGGGCACGUAUGCCCUGGCCAACACUCAGAUAUCCAUGCCCCGCUUGCUCUUCCAGUGGAGACACUCCAAGACGCCCAAGCAGAUCAAGGCUGGCAACAUGCCGACGCUUGUGUACAUCCCGAAAGAUGCGCGGGCACUGGACGUCAGGCUCAAACAGCCCCCUCUGAGUACGUUUGAGCUCGGUACGAUGUCGAGGAUCCGAGUCUUGCUCUCCACUGGGCGCAACGAGGUUGCUACGGCGUCUGUGAAGCUGAGUGCACCGUCUGGGAUCAAGUUUCAAUAUGAAGAUACGCAAUUGAUCGGAGAGGACACGCCUGCUAUACGCACCGACGCGCAGGCACUGACCUUCCUUGACCUCAAGGCAGGGCAAACGGUCGUCGCAGCCGUGCCGCACUCUGAUGCGUCGGCGUACGCAUAUAUGAGAAUUAAUAUCACCGUCGACUAUGUGACGACCACCGAACCUGACAUCACGAGGACAUUGCGUCUGAGCCGGGUGGUGGCCACCGGGCUGCCGGUGGAGAUUAACGUGCAAGACUUCUUCCGCGGCACAAGGCUUUUCACUGCCUUCACGCUCUCGACCAAGACGCAUCAGCACGUUCGUGUGCGCUCUGCCCAGCUUUUGUCUGAUUCGGAGACUACUGGGGUCAGAGUGAAGAGCUGCGUUGGCCAGAAGCCCGGUAUUGUUACCCUCACGCCCCAGCAACCAGGGCGGUUCUUGUUCCAGAUGGAUUCGGAGAAGGGCACAGCACGGGAAGGUUUGAAGCUCAAGAUCACCUACCGCAUGCUUCGCGAAGAGGUCGAGUCGUUGAUUGAGAUCGCUGUCUCGGAAGUCGUGUCCGAACAGCUACCGCUAGAACCUCACAGGCAGGACCUCACCGACAAGCUCAUACAAGCGUUGGAGACAAAUGCGAGCUGGGUAGAACUGUACGGUGUUACUGGUGAGCUCGCGGUUCCCGGCGUCACUUUGACGGAGGACGAGUUUGGAGCCGGGCUGCGUCAAGUGAUGGAGAAGCUGAACCGGAAGCGGUCUCCAACGUCGUUCGGCGAAUGGAGAGACAUCGUGAUCCCGGUGGACGUGCCCCAGAUACAUAUCCUUGCUUCUGCGCGCCUGCAGAUUUUGGAGAACCCAUUCUCCGCGGAGGUCGAGAAGGCGGAGAAACGCACACGUCCGCUGUACGCCGGGCAGCCGAUCUCGGCACUGCUCACGAUCAAGACGUCCUUCCACUGGGCGCCACCUGAGGACACGAGGGUCCAGAGUUACAACAUGCGGUAUGACAUCGAGGACUUGACACAGGACUGGUUGGUCAGCGGGCGCAAGAGAGGCGACUUCGUGGCAAAGGUAUGUUUGUCGUCGAUCGAUGGCGAGAUAUUCAGCACGCCAGUGACCCUCAUAGCGCUCCAUCAUGGCGAGCUUGCUCUUCCCAAGGUCGGCGUGAAUGCACUGCCGCUUCCGGGGGAGCACAGAAUGCGAUCGAGUGUGGUGCCCAGCUGCGAGACGUACGAGGUGCAUGGAGCGGAAAAGGUGCUUGUGCUGCCCCGAGGUGGCAGGAGCACGUUUGUGGUUAACAUGGGCACGAAUACCAGCAUGUAG